CAUAGAAAAACACGGUGUAUAAAACCAUUGGCGUUUUCUCAUUUGCGCUGGAAUGGCAAAAAAAUUUAAUUAUUUCUCUGCUUCUUUUUUGUGUUUAUUAUAGCUACAGGUGCUGUUUUUUCUCUAAAAACACCAUAACUUCUGCUGCCAUUAUAUUUUUAUUAAUAAUUUGUAAACAUCAGCAACUCAAAAAAAAGUCGCAGUUUUCUCUCUUUCUAGACGUUGAAACAUUCGAAUUAAACUUCCGCCAUUUUUGUGUGCAGUUUUAUUGAAUCAGGAUUGACUACCAUGUUAAUCAAAAUCUUGCUGGCCACGUGGUAUAUCAUUUCCAUCAUCAACAGCACAUAUUGCUCUUGGGACAACUGGACUGUCUGGACAGAUUGUUCAAAGGAUUGUGAUUCAGGAAUACGAACAAGAAGCCGAAGUUGCAGCACAGCAUCGUGUAGUGGUGAAAGUGGCCAGUCUGAAGCUUGCAAUAUACAAGCGUGUUCUGUAACAACACCACGUCCUCACGUGACAUGCAACCGUUCAUUAUAUAAAAAGAUUGGCUGCACACCACGGAUAUAUACAGGACAAAGUGUUGUUAUCAAUGACAUGGAUUUUACUCCUGAUCCAGAUGGAAAGUUUUAUCAAAUUAGUUGGACUAAUUAUCAACAGUCUCUUCACAGCUUGGUCUGCCGUUGCGUCAAAUUCUCGAAAGCACUUCGUCGAAAUUAUUUCGCUAUAAAUUUUUGGGGUGAAUGCUGGUCAUCCAAUAGCGUCUACGAUCUAGACUCAUUUAAGUCAAUGACCAAUAUGAAUCACUGUAUGGGGCCUAAUCCAACAGAUCUGUGCGUGGAUGCUGGUGUGUAUGAUUGCUCUGCAAAAGACCCGUAUUCAUACAUCUACGAAAUAGUGGACCCUAUAGUCGAUGGACAAUGGGGAGCUUGGCAAGAAGCGACAGAAUGCAGCGCAGAUUGUCUUGGUGGAACAAAACAAAGAACGAGAUCAUGUGACCAUCCUCCACCAAUGAAUAAUGGAAAUGAUUGUGUUGGUGCAUCCACUGAAACUAUGGCUUGCAAUCUUGGACCUUGCACAACGGGGAGUGUGCACGUGACCUGCAAUCGAACGAACUAUCGUAAGGUAGGUUGCUAUCCACGUGUUAAUACUGGUCAGUCAGUUGUCAUCAGUGACAUGGAUGUCUUCCCUGAUCCAAAUGGAAAGUACUACAAGAUUGUGUGGCAAGAAUACCCACAGUCGCUACAUAGUGUGGUGUGCCGAUGUGCUGAAUUAGUUAAGUCAAGGCGUCAAAACUACUUCGUUAUCAACCACUGGGGUGAAUGUUGGUCGUCCAAGGAUUACUAUGGUUUAGAUACAAUCAAAGCAGGCCAGGAACAGGAGUCGGCAUGUAUAGGACCGAAUUACAGUGACAGCUGUAAAAACAAUGGGGCGUUUGAUUGCACUGGAGUUGAUCCGUACUCGUACUUGUACAAAAUAGUCGACCCGAUAGUCGAUGGGCAAUGGGGAGCCUGGCAAGAUGCCACAGAAUGCAGUGUAGAUUGUCUUGGUGGAACAAAAAAGAGAACAAGAUCAUGUGACCAUCCUCCACCAAUGAAUAAUGGGAGUGAUUGUGUUGGUAAUUCGGCUGACACAGUUGUUUGUAAUACUGGAUCGUGCACAUCGUCUCGUCCUCACAUGACAUGCAACCGAACAACGUACAAGAAGGUUGGGUGCUAUUCACGUGUUAACGCAGGCCAAUCAAUUGUCGUGAAUCAUAUGGAUGCACAACCUGAUGUUGAUGGAAAGUUUUACGUGAUCAAUUGGUUUGAAUAUCAGCAAUCUUUGCACACUUUGGUGUGUAGAUGUGCUGAUCUAGUGAAAGCCAUGCAUCAGAACUACUUUGUAAUAAAUUACUGGGGAGAAUGUUGGUCCUCCGCAAAUUACUACGACCUGGAUAUGGUCAAGUCUGGAAAGAUUGGGGAUAGCUGUCGCGGCCCUGAACCAAAUGACAUUUGUUCCGACCAUACAAAUUUCGAAUGUACUGGAAAAGACCCGUACUCGUAUCUCUACGAAAUAGUCAAUCCUAUAGUUGAUGGACAAUGGAAUAAUUGGGGAAAUUGGUUAGAAUGUAGCGCAGAUUGUCUUGGUGGAACAAAACAGAGAACACGAUCAUGUGACCAUCCUCCACCAAUGAACAAUGGAAGUGAUUGUAUAGGUGCAUCUACUGAAACUAUAGCUUGCAAUCUUGGACCUUGCACAGUUCCACGUCCACCCUCCUCUUGUGAUCGGUCUAAUUUUACCAUGGCUGGCUGUUUCCCUCGAGUCUAUACACGUCAGGCACUUGUCUUGAGUGAUUUAGAUUGGAAACCAGACCCUGAUGGGAAAUUUUAUCAAAUUAUUUGGCCUAAAUAUCAACAAUCUUUGCAUAGUUUGGUUUGUCGUUGUGCAGCUUUUGUGAAAGCCACGCAUCAAAACUACUUUACAAUCAAUUAUUGGGGAGAAUGUUGGUCAUCUCCGCAAUAUUAUGACUUGGAGAUGGUAAAGGCGGGAAUAAACGACUCUUCAAUGUGUAUUGGACCAGAAGCUGUUGAUGUUUGCAACGAUUCCCAUAACUUGGAAUGCAGUGGAAAGGAGCUUUACUCUUACGUCUACGAAAUAGUUGAGCCAAUAGUGGAUGGAGUUUGGAGCGAAUGGGAAAGUUGGAGUAACUGCAAUUCUGAUUGUUUAAAAAAUAGAACAAGAAAGUGUGACAAUCCACCACCAAUGAAUAAUGGUUCGUCUUGUUCGGGAAAUUACACAGAAAUAGCAGAUUGCAAAGUUACAAAUUGUGCAGUAAAUGGUUCCUGGUCUCAAUGGAGUGUAUUUACUGAGUGCAGUCAAAGCUGUGAAGGUGGUGUAAAAAACAGAACAAGAACUUGCACCAAUCCUGUGCCUGCUUUUGGUGGAUUAAACUGUUCUGGUAAUUAUACAGAUGUCCAAGCAUGUAACCAGGAGGCGUGCAGCUAUACGACAAUAAUUUGUUGGAAUCACAUUGUCACUUUAUCAUGUCGUCAUGGCAACCAUAUAUCUGUGCUAUCAAGCGCAUCUAGUGAAGCGAGUUCGUCAUGUAAUAGUUCAAUAACACAUCGUAACGAAACUUUUCUUAUAACGGAUGAAAUAAAGCUUGUUUGUGAAAACCAUCAAAACUGCACACUAAAUCCUGUGAAGUUACUGACAUGGAAACAAACUGGACAACACAUAGAAGUACAUCACGCCUGUCUACCAGACGAAAAGUUGGCAAAUCAAAAAAUCAUAUGCAACGCAAGGCCGGGACAAUAUCUAACAUGUCUCAACUCAAGCAUCUCAAUAUUAUCCGCGAAUUACGGCAGGACGUCAGAUGACGCAUGCCAAUUUGGAGAAUACACGUCAACGUCAAACUGCCGUUAUAAUGUGAUGGAAGAAGUAAGAGAUUUAUGCGAAGGGAGAGGGGAAUGUUUUUUGGAGAUAAAUAAGAAGAGGUAUUUAGACACAUGUAGAGGCGUCACGAAAUAUCUUGAAGUCAACUACACCUGUAUAGAAAGCACAAUCAAAAGAGACAUCCACUGCGCCAACACUUUAUCACAAAUAGCUUGCAAUUCUUCCUUCAUUUCGAUUCGCGACGUUUUCUUUGGGCGUCGAAAUCAUUUCUUUUGUGGAAGACAAAGCGAGAUGUGCAAUAACACGAUUAGUGAUAAAAUGAUAAUAUUUUUAAAGAAACACUGUGAUGGUGAACACAUCUGUUCAAUAGAUGCGACUACAGACAAGUUUGGAAGAAAAUGCACAGGGAUAUCGUCCUAUAUGGAUAUAUCAUACGACUGUGUAGAAAAAGUGUAAAAAUUAUAUUCAAUUUAAUCACACUCCUCCACGAUAAUUUCUUUCAAAUAACAUUGUGGAGGAGAGUAAAUAAGCCUAAAUGCAAUGAAAACCAAAACACCUCUGCGACAGAUUUUAUUAACAUUGUUCUAACAACAAACUGAUUCAGGCGAAGUAUACAUUCACCCUAUCGUUUCAUAAUAAUCAUGAUUUUGUACAAAUUAUAAUAAAAAUUGUAUUUUUUAUCGGAUGUAAAUAGAUUUCAUUUUGUUGUUUUUACACAA